GCUGACGACAGGACGCCCGGGCCGGUGUGUGUCGGUGUGUAUGUGUGUGUGUGUGUGUGUGUAUAUGUGUGUGUUUGUGUGUGUGUGCGCGCUCCGAGAGUGUGUAUUUGUGUAUCGGCGGUCCCGCAGGUCCCGGAUGUUGCGGGCAGUAUGAGGCGAGCGCAGGGGGACAGGGACCAGCAGCUGUCGCCGCCGUUCUCAGGAUCUUACUAAGAAGCCCUGGCUGGCCUGGAGCUCCCUAUGUAGAUCAGAGUGGCUUGGAACUUGGUGAUCUUCCUGAUGAGUGCUGGUAUUAAAGGUGCAUGUUACCAUGCUUGGCUCUGAUCUAACUUUUUAGAUCCUGUUUAUUUGCUUCAAACUUGAGAUUUCCUGCUAGACAAGACAAAUUAGAGCUUUCCUACUGAUUUGACUUGAUCAGUCUGGCCUCAAAUUACAGAGAUUCCACCGUCUCUCGAGUGCUGGGAUUAAAGCGUGAAGAAAAACCAGGAAUCUCUGCCCCCUGACUUUGAAAACCCAGUUUAACCUUCAAACUGGCGAUGUCAAGGGUUCCAAGUCCUCCACCUCCGGCAGAAAUGUCGAGUGGUCCCGUGGCUGAGAGCUGGUGCUAUACACAGAUCAAGGUAGUGAAAUUCUCCUACAUGUGGACCAUCAAUAAUUUUAGUUUUUGCCGGGAGGAAAUGGGUGAAGUCAUAAAAAGUUCAACUUUUUCAUCAGGAGCCAAUGAUAAACUGAAAUGGUGUUUGCGAGUAAACCCAAAAGGGUUAGAUGAAGAAAGCAAAGAUUACCUGUCACUUUACCUGUUAUUGGUUAGCUGUCCAAAGAGUGAAGUUCGGGCGAAGUUCAAGUUCUCCAUCCUGAAUGCCAAGGGAGAAGAAACCAAAGCUAUGGAGAGUCAGCGAGCUUAUAGGUUCGUGCAAGGCAAAGACUGGGGAUUCAAAAAAUUCAUUCGUAGAGACUUUCUCUUGGAUGAGGCCAAUGGGCUUCUCCCUGAUGACAAGCUCACCCUCUUCUGUGAGGUGAGUGUAGUACAAGAUUCCGUCAAUAUUUCUGGACAGAACACCAUGAACAUGGUGAAGGUUCCUGAGUGCCGGCUGGCGGAUGAGUUAGGAGGACUGUGGGAGAAUUCCCGAUUCACAGAUUGCUGCUUGUGUGUAGCUGGCCAAGAAUUCCAGGCUCACAAGGCUAUCCUAGCAGCUCGGUCUCCAGUUUUCAGUGCCAUGUUUGAACACGAAAUGGAAGAGAGCAAAAAGAAUCGGGUCGAAAUCAACGAUGUGGAACCUGAUGUCUUUAAGGAAAUGAUGUGCUUCAUCUACACAGGGAAGGCGCCAAACCUUGACAAAAUGGCUGAUGAUUUGCUGGCGGCUGCUGACAAGUAUGCCCUGGAGCGUUUGAAGGUCAUGUGUGAGGACGCCCUCUGCAGUAACCUCUCCGUGGAGAACGCUGCAGAAAUUCUCAUCCUGGCUGACCUCCACAGCGCGGAUCAACUGAAAACUCAGGCAGUGGAUUUCAUCAACUAUCAUGCUUCGGAUGUCUUGGAGACCUCUGGGUGGAAGUCAAUGGUGGUGUCACAUCCCCACUUAGUGGCUGAAGCAUACCGCUCUCUGGCUUCAGCACAAUGCCCUUUCCUGGGGCCCCCACGCAAACGCCUGAAGCAAUCCUAAGAUCCUGCCUGUUAUAAGACUCCAUUUAUUUUCCAGAAGCUGCAGCCAUCGUUGCUGCCACUGACCACCAGGUAGACGGCGCAAUCUGUGGAGCUUUUACUCUGUGUCAGGGGAAAGACUGUACCAUGACCCAGACUUUAAAACAGCACUAAAUAACUUAGGGGAACGGGUGGGGGGGAGGGAAGGGCCCAGGACUCGGGGCUGCUCAACCUAAUGAAAACCCUGUUGCCGUGUCACCGUGUUCCCUUUGGCCUGACCAAGUUGACCCUGGGAUUCAGUUUAGGUGCUGGCCCCAAGCACAUCCCAGCAGUGGUACUUUGGAGAAACCUGCCUGCAUCUGACUGAGCAGAACAAAUCAUCAGGUGCCUGGAGCAAAAAGGAAAACAAAAUGGACAUUUAGUUUUAAGAGAAGGGAAAAAGAAAGAAGAAAGAAUUUUUUUUCAGAAAUCAGUUUGUGAAUUCCAGUAGUAUUUAUGUUGAAAGAAGCAAAAUUUAGUCCUUCCAGCUGUGCUGAACCUUGGAUAUUUGUGAAAACUCCUCACUACCAUGCAAGUCUCAGCAGCUCUUUCUUAGGCACUUACCGUUUGCAAGAACGGAGCCCAUCCUUUUAUCCUCUUAUGAAAAGUGACACAUGAAAGCAAAGGGGGAAGGAGGUUAUUUGAUCUGGAAGAUGAGUGUUUUAAUGGUAGUGGCUUUUGCAAAAUCUUGAUUGGUGUUGAAAACUGGAAAAAAAAGUUAUUCGUCCAGAAUUCAUACUGUCUUGACAAGAGCUAUGGUUCUGUUUUUAGAUAUUGUGGAAAAUGUUUGGUUUUUUUUUUUUUUUUGGC